AUGCACCGCCGCGGCCGGGCGCGGGCGGGGAGCGGCACCCCCGAGUCACCGGCACCGAGGCGCUGCCUGCGAGCGGCGCUCCCUUCCCCGGCGCAGCCUGGCCGGCCGCCGGCAGCCUCUGCCCCCGGCUCCCCGAGCGAGAGCCGGCCGCCUCACAGCCGCCGCGCCUCGGGGAGGCUGCCCAUGGCCCCUUCCCCGCCGGGAUCCGCGAGUGCGAGCGCGCUUCAGGCCGAGCAAGGAGGAGGCGGCGCCGGAGCCGCGGGGCGCGGGCAGAGCGCCGCCCCGCCUCCCGCGAGGCCAGGGGAGCUCCCCGCGCCCCAGCGGGAAGGGAGAACGCUUCCCGGGAUACCCCCGCCUCCGCCGCCGGGCCCGCGGCACGGAGACACGCACCGAGAGGGAGAGAGAGAGGGACGGGGGCCAGCCGGCCCGCCGGCCGCGCCCGCUGCAUCACCCUUGGCUCCCGGCAGCAGGGCGCGUGUACUGAGCUCGGUGUUGCUGUCACAAACAUCCCAGAUGUCCUGA